CGGUCGUAUUCAAAUAUGCUCGUUCGAAUAUGUCAAACCGUUUUGUCAUUAAUCCGUUGGAAGCGUGGUAUCAAGAAAUCCUGUGCCUUUGAAACGGUAUCAUUAUAAUUGUACUUGAAAACUCAAAGGGAUGGAAAUGAACGUCGCCGGAGUAAAAAUGGAGGAAGACAAUGUCACCAUGAUUCAAAGCUUUAUAUUUUUUGGUGUCGAGACAACGAGUUUACCUAAGGGAUUAAGUCUACCCAAACUAACUGAAAUAGCUCUCCUUGCUGUUUCUCGAAUGUCUUUGUGCCAAAGCAAGGGGGUGCCACCAGAAUUUACGCAGGAACUCGUAAUACCAGUUAAUCCAAGUGUUAAGAUCCCUGCUAUGGUUUCGCUUUUAACAGGUCUAUUUAACAAUGAAUUAGAGGGUGUACCACCCUUCAAUGAUAACACUUACACGCUAUUAAUGAAAUUCAUUAACAGUCUUGUACCUCCUGUUUGUUUCGUUGCUCAUAAUGGCAGUCAAAUUCAGUAUCCAAUUCUUUUGCAUGAGGCAGAAAGUAUUGGAAAGACACUGCCUGAAGACAUUUUAGCGAUCGAUACUCUUAAUGUAUUUAAACACUAUUUUGAUAAAAAUUCUGCAGCGAGUGGUUCAUCUCUGUACAUGGAUUUUGCCAGUGCUGCUUUAGAAUCGACAGACUCCGCAUCAGACAAGCAGCAUACAGCAGAAGGAGACUGUCUAAGAAUCAUAAAGUGCCUUAGUCAAUUUGCAGAUAUUUUUGUAGCUUGGGCUGAUAGGAACGCGGUUCCAAUCACAAUGUUCAGAAAGAAGGAUUAGUAUCUCGAGGAUUCGAAUAAGAAAUACUUUACUAAGUCAGGUUUUUACAAGUGAGCAUUCUUAUUAGUACAAAAAUGUUAAAGGUAUAUACUGUAUUUCUAGCUUCUACCUCAACUAGUCAUCCUAGCUAAACAGCCUGAUUUAGUCAUUGUAUGAAUAGAAUAUUGAUAUAGAAAUGAAUGAAUGCAAUUACUCAUGUACAGUAGUUAGUGUAACAAAAUGCAUAACAUAAUUUCACAAUUCAAUAAAAUACAUUAAGAAAUUAAA